AUGCCACACGACUCGGGCCAAGAUGACCCCCCUCGGUCCCCCGACGUCCCAAUCAGUCACCACCUCCCGGAAGGAAAACAAACCGGCCCCAGACACAGCCGUCCACGUGCAGCGGGCGCCCCAAGGCUUCCAGGCAAAGGGGCGACGCGCGUCCCCAGCACUGAGCGCACCGCCGCGCCCUUCCAGGUGGCCUUGCGUACCUGGCGGCGGUGCCCGCGCCUCGGACGAGGCCGGCGGGCUGGGGUGCGGGCGGCGCGCGCGCUCGCCCGGGGGUCGGGACCCCGGCGGCGGCGGCGGCGGCGGCGGCGGCGGCGGCGCCCCCUCCGCGGCUCCCCGGGCUCCCAUCGCCGCCCUCCCGCCCCGGGUGGGGCCCCGGGCUCUCGGCCGCUGCCUGGAAGCCAGAGGGUCAGAUUCAGUUUCACAACAAAGUCUCUCCCCGUCACUGCAACCGGACUGGAGGCCAAAGCGGCCGGGCAGCCCGGGCAGGGGCCGGAGCGCAGCCGCCGCGGGCGAAGGGGAAAGAAGAUCCAGCCCUCUAGUUUAGAUCAAGAUUUACUUGUGAUCAUCAGUUGGAGAAGACUGGACCAUAUGGAACGACCAAGAGUCAAGCCAACUCUUCAAGUCAACUCGCGAAAUUCUCACCCGCAAUCAGAUACAAUGACAUCGAUGGAGGCAAAAGGCACCAUGCGUUUACCUGCACUCUGUGCGAAUGGAGUUGGAUUGCCGGUGAGGCCAGGCGCAGGGGGGUGUGAAACUAUGUACAAAAUUAAAUGUGAGCGAGAAAUGCUGAUCAAAUCCUUUGGAAAGAGGUGUUUACUGUUCAAGAAAUACUGCGAACGUGGCUGCAAGGACCAAAGCUGCGCUUACCCAAUAAAAGUGGAAGAGGGAAGAUAAUGGCCUGAAUAGUGACGUGUCUACGGACAUAAAUGUACAAGCGGCUCGCCAGCGGGGGUUUUUGUGGAGGAACCUCAGAGAGAGAGAUGCCGUUCCCCAGGCUGUUUCUAAAUACACGGAGAUUAUUUCUCGAAAGAUUUUGAACAGUUCUUUUGUCCAAAUCAAAGACCCUAUAAUGCAUAAGCUCCCUCAAAUGGGGCGUUCGAAUUUCACUUAUUUAGAGAUGUCUGAAGCUUUCAAGAAUGAGAGAAGUGCGGAUGAAAAGACAUCUUUUUAUGGUCUGUUUCGGGUAGCUGAACAGGUAGGCAGACACGCGAAAGAGAUACUUCUGGAAGCUGCCUUGCUUCAGAAGGUACCUUCUUAUUUGCUAAAAGUUUCUGUUAUUGUCAAUAAAAUCAAAAGACAAGCUGUCAGUGUGGAUGUAUCAUUUGAUAAGUAAAUUCAAACACAAAAUUUUCUUUGGAAAGGGAAGAUAAAUCAAAGUGCUACCCCUGAUAUCUCAGUCAAAUCAAGAUUGAAGAAAAAAUAUUCUCUCCAUAAGAACGUUCAGGUUUUUUUUUUUUUCUUUUCUAACAUGUCUGGAGUUAAACAAAACAUGUUAACAAGAUUGUAACGAAAACUCCUCACGAUGUAAACAUCCAAAGAAAGAAAUUCUAGAUUGAUUAUAUUCUGGGACCGCAAAGAUUUUAUUACUAGAUAUCACUGAAGCAGUGGAACCAGAGGCUGAAAGCCUUAGGACUCAAACUGGGUGGUGAAGGGAUUUUAGAGGACUCUCUCCCAAUUAAGAAAAAACUUCAUAAAAUGUAAAUGCAAUAAGUUGAGCUGAAUUUUAUUUUUCCAAGAUUCAAAUAUGUAUUUAGUCUGUUUGGAAGGCCCAUGGCCAAUUCAUGAAUGUAUCGGAAUAAAACACAAGAUGAAGUGCCAAA